UGCUGAUCAGUAAUUAGUCGUUGAUCGAGUACGACGAAUGCUAAACGGGAGUAGCUCCACAAAAUGCUUGUCAUAAUUUAUUUGGUGAUCGCGGUCACAUCGCUGUUGGCGUACCUGUACCACCGCAAUUUCAACUACUGGAAGCGCAGAGGUGUGGCCCACGAUGCCCCUCAUCCUUUGUACGGCAACAUGGUGGGAUUCCGAAAGGACCGCGUGAUGCACGACUUCUUCUACGACUACUACAACAAGUACCGGAAGAGCGGCAACCCAUUUGUGGGAUUCUACUUCCUGCACAAGCCGGCCGCUUUUAUUGUGGACCCCAAGCUGGCCAAGAACAUACUGAUCAAGGACUUCUCCAACUUCGCCGAUCGCGGCCAGUUCCACAACGGACGCGACGAUCCGCUCACCCAGCACCUGUUCAACCUGGACGGCAAGAAGUGGAAGGACAUGCGCCAGCGACUGUCGCCCACUUUCACCUCGGGCAAGAUGAAGUACAUGUUCCCCUCGGUGAUCAAGGUGUCCGAGGAGUUUGUCCAGGUGAUGACGGAGCAGGUGCCGGCGAGCCAAAAUGGAACUGUGCUCGAGAUCAAGGAGCUGAUGGCCCGCUUUACCACCGAUGUGAUCGGCACCUGUGCUUUUGGUAUUGAAUGCAACACACUCCGCACUCCAGUAACCGAUUUCCGGACAAUGGGGCAGAAGGUGUUCACCGAUCUGCGCCACGGAAAACUGCUCACUCUGUUCAUGUUCAGUUUCCCGAGGCUGGCGGAGAGGCUGAGGAUGCGUAUAUUCCCCGAGGAUGUCCACCAGUUCUUCAUGCGCCUGGUCAACGACACGAUUGCCCUCAGGGAACGGGAGAACUUCAAGAGGAACGACUUCAUGAACCUGCUGAUUGAGAUGAAGCAGAAGGGUCGUGUCACCCUGGACAACGGUGAGGUGAUCGAGGGAAUGAACAUUGGCGAGCUGGCCGCCCAGGUGUUUGUCUUCUAUGUGGCCGGCUUCGAGACCUCCUCCUCCACCAUGAGCUACUGUCUCUACGAGCUGGCCCAGAACCAGGGCAUUCAGGACAGGCUGAGGGAAGAGAUCCAGUCGGUGUUGGAGGAGCACGAGGGACAGCUGACCUAUGAAUCCGUGAAGGCUAUGCGUUACUUGAACCAGGUUAUCUCAGAAACCCUAAGGUUGUACACCCUGGUGCCCCACCUCGAGCGAAAGGCCCUCAACGACUACGUGGUGCCGGGUAAUCCCAAAUUUGUGAUUGAGAAGGGCACCCAGAUCCUGAUCCCCGCCUGUGCCUAUCACCGCGACGAGGAUCUCUAUCCCGAUCCCGAGACUUUUGAUCCGGACCGCUUCUCGGCGGAGAAAGUGGCCGCUCGCGACUCCGUGGAGUGGCUGCCCUUCGGCGACGGACCGCGAAACUGCAUUGGAAUGCGAUUUGGCCAGAUGCAAGUCCGCGUUGGCCUGGCCCAGAUCAUCAGCAGGUUCAAGCUGUCCGUUUGCGACCAGACUGAGAUCCCACUCAAGUACACCCCCAUGUCCAUCGUAUUGGGCACAGUUGGUGGCAUCUACUUGAAGUUGGAGCGCAUCUAAAUUCAAUAUCCCAUUUGCCAUUGUAUAUUCCUUAUGCUAAGGAUUUGAUAUAGACGACUUAAAAUGACGUUUUCACAAUUCGUGUUCAAUUGAACUCUCAAUUGUUCAUCAACACCUUGUGAUAUUUUGUACUGAAGACAUAUUGUACUGAUUAUACAUGCCAUAGAAGAAGGGAGAUUUUUAUAUCAUAUUUGUAAAACCUCUAACUUUUAUUGUAAAUAAAUGUGUUAUUUUAUUAAAAA